GCACCGGGUGCUGGAGGGUCUGUGUUCCUGGGCGCUAUUCCUCCCUGCCUGUAUCCUUCGGGCGUUGAACUCGGGUGCUGCAGCAGAGCAAUGAAGGAUCUGCGGUUCGGAAGACCGAAAUGCUACUCCCUUCAUCUUGGAAUCCUUCCCCUCACGGUGCUCGUCUUAGUCUUUUUUUGCUUCGUGUGCCUGAGCCUCAGAAGCCAGGAAUGGGGGUACCCAGGAGCUGUGACCAGGAAGGCCUAUCCCCAGCCACGGGUGCUGACACCCACUAGGACAGAUGUUCUUGUCUUGACUCCUUGGCUGGCUCCCAUCGUCUGGGAGGGGACCUUCAACAUUGACAUACUGAACGAGCAGUUCAGGCUUCGGAAUACCACGAUCGGACUGACUGUGUUUGCCAUCAAAAAGUAUGUGGUGUUCCUGAAGCUCUUCCUGGAGACGGCAGAGCAGCACUUCAUGGUGGGACACAAGGUCAUCUACUAUGUGUUCACUGACCGGCCAGCUGAUGUCCCACAGGUGCCCCUGGGCGCAGGACGGCGGCUGGUGGUGCUAACUGUGCGCAACUACACCCGCUGGCAGGACGUGUCCAUGCACAGGAUGGAGGUGAUCAGCCACUUCUCAGAGCAGCGCUUUCAGCAUGAGGUGGACUACCUCGUGUGUGCAGAUGUGGACAUGAAGUUCAGGGACCACGUGGGUGUGGAGAUCCUCUCAGCGCUCUUUGGCACCCUGCAUCCUGGCUUCUACCGUAGCCGACGAGAGUCCUUUACCUAUGAGCGCCGGCCACAGUCCCAGGCCUACAUCCCCUGGGACCAGGGUGACUUUUACUAUAUGGGAGCCUUCUUUGGGGGGUCAGUGCUGGAGGUGCACCAUCUCACCAAGGCCUGCCACCAGGCUAUGCUGGAGGACCAGGCCAAUGGCAUUGAGGCCGUGUGGCAUGAUGAGAGCCAUUUGAACAAGUACCUGCUAUACCAUAAGCCGACAAAGGUGCUGUCCCCAGAGUACAUGUGGGACCAGCAGCUGCUGGGCUGGCCCUCCAUCAUGAAGAAGCUGAGAUAUGUGGCCGUGCCCAAGAACCAUCAGGCGAUCAGGAACUGAUAGCUGAAUCCCUGUUGGAGAGGCCAGGCCCGUAGCCAGGGGCACUCCAGCCUGUGCUGGAACUGAAAAGAUUUGAGAGACAAUUGUCACCCUCUAUCCCACCUCAGAGUCCAGCAGGCCCAGUGUCACUUGGCUUACCACCCACUUGAGUCCUGGAGUGGCAACCAUCUUCAGCUCCACUGUGUGUCCCUGAGCUCCUUGCAUUGAGUGGCAUGGUAUAUGGAAUCUUCAGAACACGGAGAGACUCUGUUACAUAGUUAACUGAGGGCUGGUGCAUCCUCCCUCGGGCUUGGUGCUUCCUCUUCAGGGAGGCUUGACAGAGGACCCGUGCCCAUAGGAACAGGCAGGAGCGCAGGGAGAGUCAGCCUGCAGUCGACAGAGGUGCUUAGCUCCCGUUCAGC